UUUUCUCACCUAUCCUUCCAGUGUUCAAUUACCCUCCCUUCACCAUGGCGGACUUCAUAGGCAAUGAGCUGUACAGCUGCAGAACCUGCCGGAAUCCUCUCGCAUACGGCGAGGAUAUUCUCUCCAAAAAUUUCAAGACGAAAUCAGGGGCGGGUUACCUGUUCCUUUAUGCGAUGAACUUGGUGGUGGGGCGGAAGGAGGAGAGGCAGCUCCUGACCGGAAAGUUCACGAUCGCGGAUAUCUAUUGCAGUAAGUGUAAUGAAUAUCUAGGUUGGCAGUAUUUGCAGACGAAUGAUAUGAGACAGAGGUUCAAGGAAGGUAAGUACGUACUUGAGAGGAUGAAGCUCCUCGUCGAGCAAUUCUAGGGGAGACCGGCGGAUCAUCAUGUUUACAAAAUAAUUGAGGCUGAUGAAGAAGGCAUCCAGCUGUUAUUGUAACACAAGAUUCGGUCUAUGUGUACUCUUUGUUUUAUGUCAUUUGCCACUUAUGAUAGGGAACUUGAGUAUAUUUGAUUUGUGAUUAAGAUGAUUGAAAAAUAUCAUUUUAUAAGUUAAUUUUAAAUGUAUGUUAAAUAAUUAUCUAUUUUAUAA